AUGAAUUUAAGAUGGAAUUCGUCAGAGUUCGGUGGGGUAAAGGAUCUGCGAAUUCCACCUCACAGACUAUGGAAGCCAGACGUCCUCAUGUAUAAUAGCGCUGACGAGGGGUUUGAUGGUACGUACCCCACAAACGUGGUGGUACGGAACAAUGGCAGCUGUCUCUAUGUACCACCAGGGAUUUUCAAGAGUACUUGCAAGAUCGACAUCACUUGGUUUCCGUUUGACGAUCAAAGAUGCGAAAUGAAGUUUGGGAGUUGGACGUAUGACGGACUGCAGCUGGAUUUACAACUUCAAGAUGACGCGGGAGGCGAUAUAAGUAGCUUCAUCACCAAUGGAGAAUGGGAUUUAUUGGGUGUGCCAGGAAAAAGAAACGAGAUCUAUUACAACUGCUGUCCUGAGCCAUACAUAGAUAUCACUUUCGUCAUCAUCAUUAGACGGCGAACUCUCUACUACUUCUUCAACCUGAUAGUACCUUGUGUUCUUAUCGCUUCUAUGGCAGUACUAGGCUUUACUCUGCCACCAGACUCUGGGGAAAAACUCUCACUAGGAGUGACCAUUCUUCUGUCGCUGACUGUGUUCCUGAACAUGGUCGCUGAGACAAUGCCUGCCACAUCAGAUGCUGUGCCACUUCUUGGCACCUACUUCAACUGCAUCAUGUUUAUGGUUGCUUCUUCAGUCGUUUCAACAAUUCUUAUAUUGAAUUAUCAUCAUAGAAACGCCGAUACGCACGAGAUGUCACACUGGAUCCGCGUCGUUUUUUUAUACUGGUUGCCAUGGAUACUGCGCAUGCACCGUCCAGGUGACGGCAGCGAGUACGGGGAUUCCCCGACCAGGCCCGUCUCUUCCGAGAGAAAACCGAUCCAUUUUCCUGACGUGGAACUGAAGGAGCGCUCCUCCAAGAGUCUGUUGGCCAACGUUUUGGACAUUGAAGAUGAUUUUAGGCACAGUCACACAGCCUUUAGAGUUGGAACUCCAGGGUUACCAUCAGCAAAUACGUUUUUCCGUGGGAGUUUCGCGCAAGCCGAUGAUGGUACCAACGGGGCAAGCGGUCAAAGGUUGCCAGAUUCCAUAGUCACCAACCACACCUGCUUAUCAGCUGACUACGAGCUAACCAUGAUCCUGAAAGAGAUCCGUUUCAUAACGGAUCAGCUGCGGAAAGAAGAUGAGGCAGCUUGCAUAACCAGGGACUGGAAAUUUGCUGCAAUGGUGGUGGAUAGACUGUGCCUUAUCAUAUUUACUCUGUUUACUAUCAUAGCCACGUUAGCGGUGCUGUUUUCAGCGCCACACAUUAUCGUCUCGUAGCCUUCCCCGUCCCUCUAGAUCAUCAACGGCUAGACUAAUGUCUAGACAUAAUCGUAACACGUUGGAUCGGAGUACUCCUUGUCCGCACCUCUCUAGAUACUUUGCUUUCGUUUUUGCCUCGAGCUUAAGCAUACAUCGCUUCUCAUAACCACAAAAUUUAUUUUUUGAACGUGUCAACUAGCAGACAUUCUACGUAACGAAACUGAUGCAUGAAUACUAUAACGUGAAAGUGACAGUUGAACAUUCCAAGAUGCAGGCUGGGCGCCACAUUGGAACAUUUCUUAAACGAAAUGGGAUCCCAAUUGAUACUCCAUUUUGAUGUUCCUUAUAACCCCAAAAAUGCCAUUGAAUCCCUUACAUCUAAUGACCAACACGCUACAUUAUGUUAUCUCAAUAUUCUUGUCAUGGAAGGGCUAUCUAAAUAUACUAAGUAUCAGAUAUGGGACCUUUCGUUCAGAAAAAUCGACAGACUUUGUCUUUUUUUUAAUGGAAUGUUUCG